UAAUCACAUUAUCACACAAUCCUAAAUCUUCCUAAACCAUAAACACCAUACACUCUCUCUUGACUCUUCUUCUCUUCAUUCACACAACAAACUCUAAAAAUCGUACUCAUAAUAAAUCCAACUCUUUCUCUCUCCUCUUCAAACCCUGAAUUGUCUCUCUCAACAUAUUUGCUUAAAUCCUUUAGAAAUUCUUCUGUUCUCCCAUUUGUUUUUUUCUCCCCCUCCAAACACUCCCUUAUACUCUUCACUUCAUAGUUCAUACUCUAUCUCUUCAUUUCUCUCUCCUAACAACAACACAAGAUAUGGAUGAAUAUAAAAUGCGAGGGAGUCAAAUACCUGCGUUUGGAAAUUGGGAAUAUGUAAACGAUUUACCAAUAACUCAAUAUUUUGAAUGUGCAAGACAAGCGGGUUUAAUUCGCUACAGCUCAUCCUCAGGAGAAUGUUGUGAUAAUCAUCAUAAUCAUAAUCAUAAUCAAUCUGCUGCAACACCUGAUUUAUACACCGUUGAUUUCAUUAAACCUCGUACUAAGCAGGGUAAGGGGAGAGAAAAGAGAACAGGAGGCACACAUGUGAAGGAAGGAAAUAGGAAGCAAGCUGGGAAGGUAUUUGACGUAACAGUAACGGAACUUCCCCGUUCACAAACAGGAAACGUUAAGAAAAAGCAACAGCAGUACCAAUACGACGCCGGAUCAGGCGCCCAACCUCGUAAAGCUCCCAAAGCUGUUGAUGAAGAUCUCUACAAAAUCCCCCCUGAGCUCCUUAAACGGAAGAAAAGGCUGGGAUUUUUUUCAAGAUGCUUGGUUCCACCUUGUGCAGUCUAAUGCAAGUAAAAUGGAAAAGAAGAAAUUGAAAACCUAUUUACUAGAAGCUUUUUUUUCAUUUUUCUGGCCAGUUACUUGUGUAAUAUAUGCAAUCUUAUACUGCUAUAUUAGUAGCCUUUUGCCAUUAAAAUCUGGUCAAGUUAGCUGCAACUACUGCUUUUGUAGUAAAAAAAAUAUCUAGAAUUUAGUCAUGAACAUUUGCCAUAUUGUCAAUAUUCAUACUUAUAUUGUCAUAUCUUGGUAGUCUACUAUUAACUUUGUAGGGAAAGUCUUGGUGCUGAAAUUUCAAUGGUAGGCCAAGAUGCACUAAAGAAAAGUAUUAGUCAUUAUAUUGACUUCAAUUUCUUAUCUUAUUAGUGAAUAGUGAUUAUAUUAUUUAA